CACAUCAUGGCAGAAGUCAUCGCAUCCGCAGUCGCACUCCCCGAUUCCGAGGACGUUGUCAAGCGUGCCACGAGUAAUGGCAUGAAGCGGCGACAAUCCGACGUGGCAGACGACAUCGAUGGUAGCAGCAAGAGACAGCGCACAAGUCCGGGUAAGACAUCACCGCGAUCGAGAUCAAGAUCAGCAGCAAAAGAAGGGGGAGAAGUCGCGUCCUCAGCAGCGCGAGCACGAUCCACCUCUCCAACCGAGUCGAAGAACGGCAGCGCUUCCAAGCCGGAGACAUCAGCAGAGAAAGAUCGCGAAGGUGGCGGUCGCAGAAAGAACACGGUGGUCAAGGCGCCAGACGAAAAGCAGCGCAGUAAGCGCCUGUUUGGCGCACUUCUAGGGAACUUGAACCGGCCCAGUGAUAGGACAUCGAAGAGACGCGCGGAAAUCGAGCAACGGAAGAAAGCUGAGCUUCAGAAGCAGGAUGACGAACGCCUCGAGGAUCGCCAGAGGAGGCUCGAGCGGCUGGCCAUCCAGCGGAAGAACGAACAACUUGAGGUAGACGAGCGAGAUAUGCACAUCCGGCACAAGCACAUGCUGAGUACUGCAAACUUUUUGCAGACUAAAGCCACCCCGAAGCUGUACUAUCGACCUUGGGAUCUCCUUGAUGACGAAGAAGAUCUCAUCGAGCGACAGUUGAAGGAAGCCCAAGCGCAAAUAGAUCGAGAGCUUAUCGAGUGGGAGACCGAGAAGUGCAGACGAUUGGGCAUCACCAAAGACCUUCUUAAUAUGGCCCCAUCCACUUCUGCUCCGUGCCAAGCCCGACAGGAUACAAACGACAAAGUCGGGAACAGCACAUCACCUCAUGAGGCAUUUGAGGAUGCUGCGAUAGCGAAGAGUGGUUCCAACAAGGACGAGGAGAUGGCGGCGAAAAACACUAAUAUCCAGCCCGAGCAGGAAUCUACCACUAAUGACGAAAUUUCCGAUCGACCAGUUGAAGGGCCCGAGUGUCUAGCAGCUUCGCCUCACAAUCCUAACAGCGUGGUUGAUGGAGGCGCAGCAAAACAAGUCAGUACGUCAGGAGAAGUCGAGACGAAAGAAUCAGAGAAGCAGCGAAAGACCGAGGUAAAUAACGGCACAUCCGUCGAUCGCGAAGAGACAGAGACGACUCCCAGUUGCGGAACGAGAGCCGCCCUUGAUGGCGAUGCAAAGGACGAGAAAGACGAGCUUGACGAUGAUGGUGACCACGUGGUGAAGGGCGAUGAAGACGAUGUAAUUUAUUGAGGUACUGGGAUACAUGCUCUGAGUAUGGCAUCCCUGCCAUACUGCCACAGAAUGCCUUGGUUUGGUGUGGUUUGAGUUGCAGUCAUACAUACAUACCUACCAUGUGCAGGUAAACGGGGCACUACUACAAGCGCAUCGCCAGCUUUGGUGAUGGGAGAUUUCGGAGGAAGAAAAGCCGCAGAUGAUGAUGAUGACGAUGAUGCAGAGGUGGGCGCGCCAGAUACGUCACAAAACAAAGUACCGUAUAUUCGAUAUUGACCAGAAUAAAGCC